AGUGCUCCAGAGCAGCGGGCGUCGGGACCCACGACCGAGCUGGGCGACACCGGCCCCCGCACGAUUUCUCCGGGCCCCGCCUCCGGAGCAGCCCUGCCUGCAGCCUCUGGUCCUCCCCAGAAUACCAGAGACUCCCGGCGGCGAGUAGCCGCGGGCCUCAGGGGAGCCGGGUCCCUAGACACGAGAGGACGUGCUCGGCGCUGGGAGAGAUCUGUGAGCUGCAGGUCCACUGCCGGGCCUCUGGGGCGCAGACCUGCGGAGCUUGAUGCCGGAGAGAAGCCCUACGGAGUGGCCACUGGGGAAGGAGAAGGAAUAGAUGAAGAGAACAAAUUGGAAUAGCGCCUUCCAGACAGAAAAGGAAGCAAGCUUGGCUGCAGACCCCAAGUCUUACAAACGUCACAGCCCCGCCUCAGAGCAGGGUGUUGGCUGGGGCAAUGGUGGAAGCACAGAGGAUGCCCCAUGGCUACUGAGGGCACUGCCCAAUCAGGGAGCAGAUUGGCAGGCAUGGUGUGCAGCCUAUGGGUCCUGGUUCUGGGGCCCUCAGUUCUGGCUUUGGAAGAGGUGCUGCUGGACACCACAGGAGAGACCUCUGAGAUUGGGUGGCUCACCUACCCACCAGGUGGGUGGGACGAGGUGAGCGUUCUAGAUGAUCAGCGCCGUCUGACUCGGACCUUUGAAGCAUGCCACGUGGCAGGGGUCCCUCCAGGUGCUGGACAGGACAAUUGGCUGCAGACACACUUUGUGGAGCGGCGAGGAGCCCAGCGGGCACACAUCCGCCUCCACUUCUCUGUGCGAGCUUGUUCCAGCCUGGGUGUGAGCGGGGGCACCUGCCGGGAGACCUUCACCCUUUACUACCGGCAGGCUGAUGAGCCCGACAGCCCUGACAGCAUUUCCGCCUGGCACCUCAAACGCUGGACCAAAGUGGACACAAUUGCAGCGGAUGAGAGCUUCCCAGCCUCCUCCUCCUCUUCCUCAUGGGCUGUGGGACCCCACAGGACUGGUCAGCGGGUGGGGCUGCAGCUGAACGUGAAGGAGCGCAGCUUUGGUCCUCUGACUCAGCGUGGCUUCUACGUGGCCUUCCAGGACACAGGGGCCUGCCUGGCUCUGGUAGCGGUCAAGCUCUUCUCCUAUACCUGCCCCUCUGUCCUGCGUGCCUUUGCCUCCUUUCCUGAGACGCAGGCCAGUGGAGCUGGGGGGGCCUCCUUGGUGGCAGCUGUGGGUACCUGUGUAGCUCAUGCAGAGCCAGAGGAGGAUGGAGUUGGAGGCCAGGCAGGAGGAAGCCCCCCAAGAUUACACUGCAAUGGGGAAGGAAGGUGGAUGGUAGCUGUCGGAGGCUGCCGCUGCCAGCCUGGACACCAACCUGUGCGUGGAGACAAGGUCUGCCAAGCCUGUCCUGAGGGGUCCUAUAAGGCCCUGGCUGGAAAUACCCCUUGCUCAUCAUGCCCAGCCCGCAGCCACUCCCCUGAUCCUGCAGCCCCAGUUUGCCCCUGUCUCCAGGGCUUCUACAGGGCUAGUUCUGACCCUCCAGAGGCUCCCUGCACUGGUCCUCCAUCGGCUCCCCGGGAGCUUUGGUUUGAAGUACAGGGCUCAGCACUCAUGCUGCACUGGCGCCUGCCUCAUGAGCUGGGUGGUCGAGGGGACCUGCUCUUCAAUGUUGUAUGCAAGGAGUGUGGGGGCCACCGGGAGCCCAGCAGCGGGGCCAUGUGUCGUCGCUGCAGGGAUGAGGUGCAUUUCGAUCCCCGCCAGAGGGGCCUGACCGAGAGUCGAGUGUUAGUUGGGGGGCUCCGAGCACAUGUACCAUACAUCUUGGAGGUGCAGGCUGUCAAUGGGGUGUCUGAGCUCAGCCCUGACCCUCCCCAGGCAGCAGCCAUCAAUGUCAGCACUAGCCAUGAAGUCCCCUCUGCAGUCCCUGUGGUUCACCAGGUGAGCCGGGCAGCAAACAGCAUCACAGUGUCCUGGCCACAGCCUGACCAGACGAAUGGCAACAUCCUUGACUAUCAACUCCGCUACUAUGACCAGGCAGAAGACGAAUCCCACUCCUUCACCAUGACCAGCGAGACCAACACUGCCACUGUGACACGGUUAAGCCCUGGCCACAUCUAUGGUUUCCAGGUGCGGGCACGGACUGCAGCCGGCCACGGUCCCUAUGGGGGAAAAGUCUAUUUCCAGACACUGCCCCAAGGUGAGCUCUCCUCCCAGCUUCCAGAGAAGCUAUCCUUGGUGAUUGGUUCCAUCCUUGGGGCCUUGGCCUUUCUCCUGCUGGCAGCUAUCACUGUACUGGCUGUCAUCUUCCAGCGGAAGCGGCGUGGGACUGGCUACACAGAGCAACUACAGCAAUACAGUAGUCCAGGUCUUGGGGUAAAGUAUUACGUUGACCCUUCCACAUACGAGGACCCCUGCCAGGCUAUCCGAGAGCUUGCACGGGAGGUUGAUCCUGUGUAUAUCAAGAUCGAAGAAGUCAUUGGUGCAGGCUCUUUUGGAGAAGUGCGCAGGGGCCGACUGCAGCCCCGGGGAAGGCGGGAACAGGCUGUGGCUAUCCAGGCCCUGUGGGCAGGAGGUGCAGAGAGCCUUCAGAUGACCUUUCUGGGCCGGGCGGCACUGCUAGGCCAGUUCCAGCACCCCAAUGUCCUGCGGCUGGAAGGCGUAGUCACCAAGAGCCGGCCCCUCAUGGUGCUAACGGAGUUCAUGGAGCUUGGUCCCCUGGACAGCUUCCUCAGGCGAGAAGGCCAGUUCAGCAGCCUGCAGCUGGUGGCCAUGCAGCGGGGAGUGGCAGCCGCCAUGCAGUACCUGUCCAGCUUUGCCUUUGUGCACCGUGCACUCUCUGCCCGAAGCGUGCUGGUGAAUAGUCACCUGGUGUGCAAGGUGGCCCGUCUUGGCCAUAGCCCUCAGGGUUCAAGUUGCUUGCUCCGCUGGGCAGCCCCAGAAGUCAUUGCACAUGGGAAGCAUACAACAUCCAGCGAUGUUUGGAGCUUUGGAAUACUUAUGUGGGAAGUGAUGAGCUAUGGAGAACGGCCCUACUGGGACAUGAGCGAGCAGGAGGUACUAAAUGCGAUAGAGCAAGAGUUCCGGCUGCCCCCACCUCCAGGCUGUCCUCCUGGGCUACAUCUGCUGAUGCUGGACACUUGGCAGAAGGACCGUGCCAGGCGGCCUCACUUUGACCAGCUGGUGGCUGCGUUUGACAAGAUGAUCCGCAAACCAGACACCCUACAGGCUGAAGGGGGCCCUGGGGACAGGCCUUCCCAGGCCCUUCUGAACCCUGUGGCCUUGGACUUUCCUUGCCUGGACUCUCCCCAGACCUGGCUUUCAGCCAUUGGACUGGAGUGCUACCAGGAUAACUUCUCCAAGUUUGGCCUCUCCACCUUCAAUGAUGUAGUUCAGCUCAGCCUGGAAGAUCUGCCGGCCCUGGGUAUCACCUUGGCAGGCCACCAGAAGAAGCUACUGCACAACAUCCAGCUUCUCCAGCAGCACCUGAGGCAGCCGGGCUCAGUGGAGGUGUGAGUGAGGCCUGGGCAGAAAUCUGUGAGCCACCAAAGCCCCAACCCAGCCCGGACACAGGGCAGAUGAGGGUCUCCUGAGACUGAUCCAGGCUCUAUCCUCGCCUCCAUGCUUGCCACACUAAACCCAGCCCUCUGGACACUGCAUCCCUGAAUCCUGCCCCUUCCAACAGCCUCCCCCAUAUUAAAGGGAAAGAAGGGGAACUUACAAGUUUGGG